CAGGGUCUCCUCCCCAACCCGGAGAUGGCAUUCCACCCUUUUCCGGGCGAGAACCAUGGACUCGGACUUGGAGGUGCUGAUUCUCAUUCCGGUCGCUUCACACUUGGCUGCGAACCGAUCCAGUGAGAGCUGAAGAUCCCGGUCAGAUGAAGCCAUCAGGACCACAUCAUCUGCAAAAAGCAGAGACCUAAUCCUGCGGUCACCAAACCGGAACCCCUCAACGCCUUGACUGCGCCUAGAAAUUCUGUCCAUAAAAGUUAUGAACAGAAUCGGUGACAAAGGACAGCCUUGGCUUUUAGUUUACUAAAUUGCAAUUUUAAAUUUCCCGGGACUUUUUUCUUGAAAACGUCGCGUAAUGAUGACGUGUACGUGUGACGUCACGGCGCUGUUAUGAAAUGAGCGCUGCGUACACACACAGCUAAAAGUCAACUGCUUUAACGGCAUAAUUACACAGUAUUUUGGACAUCUGUGUUGCUGAAUCUUUUGCAAUUUGUUCAAUUAAUAUUGGAGAAGUCAAAGUAGAAAGACGGAGUUGGGAAGCUUUAGCCUUUAGCCACACAAACACACGGUGAUUCCUUGUUUAAAAUUCACGGCCGUGAAACUUUACUAUGGAUCACAGCGGACAUGGAUCCUGACUGAAUUUCAACCAGCAGGUUUCGUUGCCGUCGACUUCCCCGAGACACUGCGCUUCAACACCCGGCCGUGGACGUACAUUUCCGACUAUCAGAAUUCCACAGUAUUCUGGACGUCUGUGUUGGUGAAUCUUCUGCAAUUUGUUCAAUGAACAAUGGAGACAGCAAAGAAGAAAGCUGUAGGUGGGAAGCGGUGUAUUGCGGCUGGCUGCAGCAAUACAAACACAGCCGGUGUUUCAUUGUUUUCAUUCCCGAAAGAUUACAGUCAAGCUUUACUAUGGAACAGAGAGGUCAAGCGAACACGGUUGGAUUGGACCACACACACAAAGUACAGUGUAUUAUGCAGCGAUCAUUUCGAAAGAUCGUGUUUCGAAGAGGGUCCCUUGCUCAGGGCAGAAAUGGGCAUCGCCACCCUCCGUCCACUGGUGCUGAAGAAAGGUGCGGGGCCAACUAUUUUCAACAUACCACGGCCAGGCAUCAGUGGCAGUGUCACUGUCAGUGCUCCCAGUGCCAGUACUUCGACAAGUUCAGACCACCACACCCCCUCCACAAGUGGACAGACCGUGCACAUGAGGUCUGCAUUUAACAAAAGGAGAAGGAAGGUGACAAUAGAUCAGAUCAUGGCCAGUACGACUACGGCAUCAGUGGUGGAUGAACCAAUGGCAAUGGCACUAGAUUUGCCUGAUGAGGAGGGCGAUCAAGAUCAGGGAAGUAAACAAGGAUGCCAGAGGGACUGGGUACCGAUUGGGACAGCACCAACGCCAAUGACUAGUAGCAGGAGCACCCGAACAGGGAAAAGACAUCAUAGAUCAAAGGGACAGCAGGUGACCUCAGAGAUCCUCGAGAGGGUUAGAGCUCGGCCAGCCAGGGUUAGUGAAGUCCCAUCAUCAAGUGUAGCGGCUCCAUCUGACAGCCCCGAGAUGCAGCCCAACAUAGCAACUCCAGACAUCCAUCAGCUGAUUGGACAUCAAGAAAGAUGUCUCCCUCCUCUGCAGGGGGGCGGCUUCACUGUGGAGCACGGCUAUCCACAGCCACCCCGUGUAAAAGAAGAAGAGGAUCCACAGCCCCUUGAUAUUAAAGAGGAAAAGGAGGAUACACAGAAUCCCCAAGACAUACAUCAGCUGAUUGGACACCAAGAAGGAUGUCUCCCUCCUCUGCAGGGGGGCGACUUCACUGUGGAGCACGGAUAUCCACAACAACCCCGUGUAAAAGAAGAGGAGGAUCCACAGCCCCUUGAUAUUAAAGAGGAAAAUGAGGAUACACAGCAUCCCCAAGACGUCCAGCAGCCCCCCCACAUUAAAGAGGAAGAGGAGGAGUUCUGGAUCACUCAGGAGGAAGAUUGUCUUCUCGGGCAGGAGGAGGCUGAUCUCACCAAGUUUCCACUGACUGUUGUCUUGGUGAAGACUGAAGACCAUGAAGAGAAACCACCUGAGUGCUCACAGCUUCAUCACAGUCCAAAUGUCUGUGAAGAAGGUCUUCUCCCUGAGCAGCAGGAGUGGACCUCCAGGAUGAAUCAGGAGGAGCCACAGCCCCCACACAUCAAAGAGGAAGAGGUGGAGCCUCAAGACCCAUACAUCAAAGAGGAAGAGGUGGAGCUUCAAGACCCACACAUUAAAGACGAAGAGGAGGAACACAGCAUCAGUCGAGAGGAAAAGCACAUUGAAGAACUGGAGAAAGUUGUCUCCAAGAAGCCAUUGACUGGUGUCACUGUGAAGAGUGAAGAGGAGUUCAAAGAGAGGACCACGACAAGACAUAGAGCGACUGGGUUCGAUCCAGAAUGGCUAAAGAUGCCACAAUUGAAGUCAUGGCUGUAUAACACCCAGCACGGGAUGUUUUGUCGAUUGUGCCGACAGCACAAGCCUGCUGCCAGAAAAGAGGGAAAGAGGGCCUUCGUUGAGUUUGGAGGAGGGGUCUACAGAAAAGACUACAUCGAGAGGCACAUCACCACAGAACACCACCAGGAGAGUGUUAGAUGCCAAGCAUCUUUUGCAUCUGGCAUGUCACUGGUGAAUGCCUUUGAGCCCCCAGUUGUUGUGGAGCAUGAGGCAGUCAUAGGUGGCUUCAAGUGCCUUUACUGGCUGAUAAAAAAUGGACUGGCCCACCACACUAAUUACCCCAAGCUUUUGAGCCUGGCUGAGCUUCUGGGGUGCGAUUAUUUUAGGAAAUUGAAGCUUGACCAGCGCAAUAACUACAGAUCUCAUCGCAUUAUCGAUGAAAUGCUGGAGAUCUUGGGAGAGGUUAUUGAGGAACCAGUCCUCUCUGAAAUCCAAUCUUCGAAGGCAAUUACCCUGGAGGUUGAUGAAAGUACAAGCGUCUCCACAACCAAGCAGUUCGACGUGCAUGUCCGAUACCUGGAUAAAGAGGGGCGUGUUUUCAACCAGUUCCUGGACCUGGUUGAACUUGCUGAUGGCAAAGCACACACUAUUGUGGCAGCCAUAAAGACUGCAAUCUGUAAGAAAGGCCUGCCAACAGAGAGACUUUAUGGAUUGGGGACUGAUGGAGCAGCUGUUAUGACAGGGCGUGUGAAUGGUGUUGUGAAGCAACUUACUGACAGCUAUCCAAAGAUGUUGGGUGUGGCUUGUGCUGCCCAUGGAUUAGCCCUUGCCUGCAAGGACUCAUCCAUCCAUGUUAAGUACAUGGCCACCUUCAGAGAUCACCUGCAAGAUCUGUACUUAUUAUUCCGCAACAGUGCAAAUCGCACUGCAACACUCAAGGCAGCAUCCAUCACCCUUGGUGUUAGUGACUUAAAAAUUAAGGAAGUAAAAGACACAUGUUGGCUGUCUGAGCACAAGGCAAUUGAGAACUUGCAGAGAAACCUGCCAGCAGUCCUGGCAGCCCUGGCAGAGGAGGCAGAGAUGCGUAGAUGUCCGGUGGCAAAGGGUCUCUACACUUUUUGUGCCACCUACAGAUUUGUGGCUGCUGUUUACCUGCAAGCUGAUGUUUUGCCCCACCUUGCAAGUCUCUCCAGAGUAUUUCAGAAAGUAGACGUCAACUUCCUGCAUAUAAAGGAGAUGGUCCCUGUCACCAUUAGUACUCUGAGGAACAUCAGAGAAGCUGGACAGACUCCACUCCCGGGAUCAUUUCUGUCUCGCCUCCACAAGGACCUGGAUAAUUCCCAAGGUCUUGGGGCCUUUAACAUAGAGCAUGAGGAGGAGAGGGACAGGAGAGGACGGAGGCAAGGAGAUGGCCAGGAAGCCACAAGGGAGGGGCAGUGGGCCAGAUUCCAGCAAGAGGUCAUCCACCCUUACCUAAGUGGCCUGGAAAAAAACCUUCACCUGCGGUUCCAUGACCUGGACAUACUUGGGGCUUUCAGUGUCUUUGGACCUAAAUCGGCUGCUCUGCAAGAUGACUCUGCUAACAUCGACAAUCUGAGGAUUCUUGCCAGAAAAUUCUGCCCUGAGCAACAGAAUGAGGUCCUGCAGGAGUGGACUUCAUUUAAGAACCAUGUCCUUACUGGGGCAUUCAAGGACAAGAACCAGGCUGACAUCCUUACUCUGCUGGCAAGUGAGUUCGACGAAUGGGAUAAUGUCUACCCUUGCCUCAGCCUCCUCGCAGGUAUUGCCUUGGUGAUCCCUGUUUCAAGUGUUAAUUGUGAACGGGAUUUUUCUACUCUGAAUAGGGUGAAAACAGACCUGAGGAAUCAUCUGCAAGGAGAACACCUGGCGGCCUGCCUGAGAAUCUCCAUCAACGGACCUGACCCCAAGGACUUUCCUUACGAUAAGGCCUUACACUAUAUUUUUCGGAAGCCCCGAGAAUUUAAUUGCCCUAACAAAGGGUGCAAAGUCUGCAGGCAGUAGGAAACACAUGAUUAAGUGUAGGGAGUAAAACUGAUGGCAGUCCAAAGUUAAAGAUUUUUGGAGUGGGCUUCAAGAGACAUUUUAGCUUUUAUAUUUUAUAAGAUUAUAUAUUUUUGUAAGAACCACAAUUAAUAAAUAUAUUUCAGUGAAUAACUAAUUGUUCAGAUCUGUAUAUAAAUAUGUACAUAAAGUGUUGUAAUUAUAUUCCAACUCCGCGUUCUUCUUGGUCAUCGCUGAGCAAUAAUUUAGGAAUGAAAUAAUGUAAAGCAGAAUAAAUACACACUAUUCUGACUGUUAACCAAGAGGCGGAACAUCACUGUUCUAUUUCAAAUCAUAAUUCAAAAGGACAAGAAGUCCAAAUAGGAAUUAGUGAAAAUCAAAACAGACCUUGUUUCAUUUGUGUUCAACAAACUUGGUGUAAUGUUCAUUUUGAUUUUGUGAUCUAUGAAGGGUACGAAAGGAAAUUAAUUACUUAAGCUUUUGUACCAUAUUGGUAUGUUUCAUAAGUCAUGUAUGAGAAGCAGCACUCGGGAGCACUUUCUUUACAGCAUGGGUGUCAAACUGAGGUCACACUGAGGGUGGCCGUAUAAACAAACUGUGAGCUGUGUGUAAAGUGUGAACUCACACCCAAAAAGAAUGACAAACACAUUUUGGGAGAACAUCCGCACCGUAACAAAACAUAAACACAACAGAACAAAUACCCAGAACCCCUUGCAGCACUAACUCUUCCAGGACACUACAAUAUACACCCCUCUGCAAUCACCAAGAAAAUAUGUCUUGGGCACAUCAUGUUAGAUCAGUGUGUUGCAAACUGAGCAAUUAAAGUCUGAAUAGUUGAUUUAA